AUGAAGACUUUGAUGAUUCUUUUCGUUGUUUUUGCUACUCUUCUUGCAGUAGCCUAUGGAGGUUACGGUGGUUAUGGUGGACACGGCAGAGGCUACGGCGGUUAUGGAGGCUAUGGUGGCCGUGGUGGUGGUCAUGGAGGUUAUGGCGGUGGUUACGGCGGCCACGGGCAUGGAGGUUAUGGUGGUUACGGCGGCUACGGGCAUGGAGAGGUAAUAGCUUGUCACAACAGUUAUGGAUGUCGUGAUGGUAGUUACAGUAGUCAUGGUAGUAGUUACAGAGGAGGUUAUGAAGGUAGUUACAGUAGUCAUGGUGAUGGCUACAGUGGAGGGCACAUGGAAGUAGAUACAGUGGUUAUUAUUACCCCUUUGAUAGAGGCUGCUUCAAAUGCACGCGGAAUUUUUGCAGGCCGUACACCGUAUUCAGCACACCCGAAUUCAACUGCCGGAGGCGAACCCUACCCUUUACGGCAAAUCAACAGUCAAUGG